UGACAUGGAGGGCAGCCCAGGAAGACUCGGACACGCGAACAGGAAGUGAAGCUGAAGGCGUCGCUCUGCUGCUCAGACUGACAUUCAGUCGUCAUCCAGACAACAUGAAGACUCCGUCUGUGUCUCUGCUCCUCGGUGUGUCUGUGCUGCUGCUGUCUGGACUGACUGUUUCUGCAGUCUCUCUGAAUGUCAGUCCAAACCUUCAGCAGUUCUUCUCUGAAGACUCUGUGUCUCUGAGUUGUGUUGAAGAUGGACAGACAGUAAAGAGGACCAGAGGAGGACAGACUGAGGACUGUGGACCAGCUGGUUCCUCCUGUAUCAUCUCAGAUCUGUCCUCAUCAGACUCUGGAGUUUACUGGUGUGAAGACAGAGCUGGACACAGGAGCCAGAACAUCACUGUAACUGUUCCAAAAGGUGUUCCAGUUAUUCUGGAGAUCCCUGCACUUCCUGUGAUGACAGGAAGUGAUGUCACUCUGCGCUGUAGAGACAAAGCUCACGUCAGAUUCAAGGCUUUUUUCUUCAGGGAUGGUGUCCUCCUUGGAUCUGGACCUGAUGGAGAACUCACCCUCAGUAAAGUCCAACAGUCUCAUGAAGGUCUCUACUGGUGUUCUACUGAUGAGUUUGGAUCAUCUCCUCAGAGCAGACUGAGGGUCAGAGCUCCUCCUCCUCCUCCUCCUCCUCCUCCUCCUCCUUCAUCUCCUCCUCCUCUUCCUUCUCCUCCUCCUUCAUCUCCUCCUCCUCCUUCUCCUCCUGCCUCCUCUGUCCCUGUGCUCAGACUCUUCUGCCAUCUAGUGGUCUUCUGUCCGUACUGCAUCUGCUCCGUCCUGCUGGUGUCCAUCUGCUGCAGCAGGAAGACAGGAAACAAACCAGCCGUCUCCAUGGAGACGACCCCACCUGUUGGAGGAGGAGGAGAGGAUGAACAGUAUGAUGACAUCACUGCUGAUGUCACCACUGAGCAUGAGCUGUGAGCUGCAGAGACUGUGUUUGAUCAGGCUUCACAGUUAAAGGAUGAAAUGAUCAGAUUCAUCAGGGUCUGUCAGACGUUAGAAAACAGCUUCACUCUCUAACAGCUGAUUUAAUGUUGAUACUAACUCAUCAGCUCUGUUCUUCUUCCUUCAUAUCCUGGUGUAGUUGUCCCUGUGUGGAGCAGCUGACAGAGAUCAGCCAGCAUCGUGUCUCUCUGUGUCUUUCUGCUGUUCUGUCUGAAUAAAGAAUCAACCAAG